AUGGACCCUAAUUAUAAUCACUCAGCUCUGCCACAAGAACGGCAUUUUGACUGGACUGUUGAGAGAAAGGUGGUGGCCCCAGACGGCGUUCCUCGUUUAAUGUACACUAUCAAUGGCCAGUUCCCUGGACCUAUCGUGGAAGUGACAGAAGGUGACACCGUUGUCGUGCGAGUUCGAAAUCAUAUCUUCGAUGACUAUCAAGUGCCCGAGCCUCCCAUUACAUCUCGCCUCCAUGAUGUGUUUCCAGAGGGCACAGACCGCAAAUUUUCCCUUCAUUGGCAUGGUCUUUCUAUGCGUGGACAGCAAGUAAUGGAUGGCGCAGCCUCUUUUACAUCCUGCCCAUUAAAACCAGGAAACGAGACGGUGUAUCGAUUCACUGUGUUUCACGAAGAUGUGGGUACACAUUGGUACCAUUCUCAUGUCGGCACGUCGCGUGCGGAUGGUUUGUGGGGAAUGUUAAUUGUCCAUGCUCGGGAAGAUGAGCGGCCUUUAUUCCAAGAGCAUGCACUAGGUGCGAAAGUACACUGGGACGACGAAAUUGCUGUGGCGCUUGGAGAUCAUUUCCAUGUUAUGAGUCCCGAAAGUCUGGCCGAAUAUGUUUCUAUCCUUUUGUCUAAUGCAGAGCCCGUGCCUGACAGUGGUCUCAUCAACGGAAAGCAUGUAUUCAGCUGCUACAUGAGUCGGAAAGAGGACGUUCCAUGCCCCGCGGGUGAUGUCGAUGAGGUAGGCGAGUACGAAGUCUUCCGUCUCAACCCACAGCGCUCCUAUCGCUUGCGCCUGGUGAACGUUGGAUCGGUGGCUGAUGUUGUAUUCAGUGUGGAUGGUCACACGAUGACCGUCAUCGAGGCCGACGGAACGUUAGUGGAGCCCAUGUCUGUGCACCGCAUUCCCAUUGCUCCGGGCCAACGAUACUCCGUCAUCUUGCACCGCGAACCGUUCAGCAAAGUUGAUCGAGUUUGGAUGCGAGCAGAAAUGACUGCAGAAUGCUUCAAGUAUCUAAAUCCCGUGAUGGAUCCUAUGGUCAAGGCGAUCGUGGCUUACGAUAAAAGCGUCACAGACGAUGGCCAUUGGUUAUCGCCUUUGAGGAUGCGGAGCUACCGUCGCACUGUGUCCGAACGCAUUUUGUCACGACGUUGGCGCUGGACGUUGCGGCCCACCAGUCAGGCAUGGAGCCCCAACGUAACCGAUGUGGGAAUCCCUGAGGAGCCUUGCCAUGACUUGGAGCCAGGGACACUUGUUCCAUUAGUCGCUGAUCCUGCACCCAAACUUGAUGUCGGCCGUGGAGACCGUCAGGUUUAUGUCAAUAUUGAGGUGUUGAACCGCCACAAGUAUUCGAAAGCACCGAUGUCGUUCCUAAAUAUGUCUACGUGGCGCCCAUACGGCCUCCAGGGGCCAUCUAAACAGCCAUUACUACACCGUAUCUCGUACUCCAAUCUGACGUCGCCGGAAGAAUGGGAACAGACCGGGCUCGUGAACCGCGAACAUGAGCUAGUGUUUUGGGUGCUGCACACCGGCGAAAUGGAGCGCUUGCGAUUCCAGUAUACCAAGGAGGUGGAGGACUCAUUUGAUCUGGCACGCGCCAUGAAGCGUGACACGGUGGUGGUGCCUAUGUUGGGUCAUGCGGUGAUUCGAUGGGUAGCCGACAAUCCUGGUGUAUGGGCCUUCCACUGUCACAUGAAUGUGCACCUUGCCAGUGGAAUGGCUAUGGCCUUUGUUGAGCAGCCCCAGGUCCUCCAGGCUCGCCCCCCUGUGCCCGCCACAUGUCAAUAG